AUGACGAGCUGUAGGCCUGAAGGUCUACUAGUAAAAGAUCCUAAGAUUGUAAUUAUAGAUCCCACUAAUAAAGGUGUAGAUGGUGAACAAGUAGUAAUUAUCAACAGUGGAAUCGUCAAAAAAGAUUGGGUUCCAAACACACCAACAAGCACACAGAUCUCUGUGACAGGGAGAGAACAAGUGUCUGCCCUCGUGGAGAACGCUGUUAGCGGGAACUCUAUGGGUACUCUAAUCAAACAGCCCUAUGGCUGUGGAGAGCAGAACAUAUAUCACAUGACCCUACCUCUCAUUGCAGCCACAUAUUUUGACAAAACCAACCAGUGGGAAACUGUGGGCUUUGAGAAACGUGCAGAAGCCCUCCAACACAUCAAGACUGAAGAGGUUUGA